AUGAAUCACUAUCCUCAGGCCUGGGGUCGACCCCGAGAUGAUGUGUACGGCGCAUAUGAUUCUUCAUACCUUCAGACGUCGAUGCCUCAGACGCAUACGCAGUCGCCCGCAGUAACAGGGACGUCCGUACUAGGGGUCAAGUUCAAGGACGGUGUUGUAGUAGCAGCAGACAAUCUAGCGUCCUAUGGCUCCCUGGCGCGAUUCACGGACGUCAAGCGUCUGCGGACAUUCCCUCCCAAUACUGUGGUUGGCUUCGGUGGCGACGUUUCAGACAUGCAAUAUCUUGACCGGCUACUGCAGUCGCUGGACAUUCGAGAAAACUACCUCUCUUCAUCUGGCCACACGCUGAAUGCACGGAAUCUUCAUAUCUAUCUCUCCAAGGUCAUGUAUAAGAGGAGAAGCGAGUUUAACCCGUUAUGGAACAUGAUGCUCAUCGCUGGCUUGGAUGAGGAAGAGAAGCCAUUCUUGGCCAGUGCGGAUCUGCUUGGGACGACCUUCUCUGCUCCGACGCUGGCAACAGGGUUCGGCGCACAUCUGGCACAACCUCUACUGCGAAAACUCAUGCCUCAUGACGAAGAGAGUGUCAAAGAUGUUACCAAGGAGAUGGCCAUCAAUGCCGUCAGGGAAUGCAUGAAGGUAUUGUUCUAUCGAGAUGCUAGGAGCAUGGACAAGUAUAGCAUUGCGGUGGUGACCAAAGAUGGCGUCGAGAUCAACGAAGACGAGAAGCUGGAGAAUCAAAGUUGGGCAUUCGCCGAUCAGAUUCGAGGAUACGGGACGCAAGUCAACUAG